UUGGAGGUUUUCGGUCGAUGGCAAGCCCCAAAUGUAUAGGGACAAUUUUAGUGAUCUUUGUGAUUAUAAAUUUAAUAUUUUAUAAGUUUAGACUAGAUAAGAAGUUGCUCCUUCUAGACAAACCAGACUUAAGUGAUGCAAUUUCUGGGAAUGGGCCGAAGUCGAUGCUGUUUUCAGAGGCACUUCGAACGUCUUUGACUGGAAAUUUGACAUCUCUGAGCCCGACUCAGAAAUCUAACUUGACUAACGCUAGUGACGGCAGUGCAAUAAAGACAGUGUUAAAAUUCAAAGGUUUAGAUAAGACUUCAUAUAAUGCUGGUGAUGUUCCAAGACUACUUGAUGCACUAAAAGCAAUUCAGGAACAAGUGGAAAAAGAAGAGGCUUCCAAAGCAAAGCCAAAGAAGUUACCAGAUUGUUCUCCGAAAAAUUUGGGGCCCGUAAAACCUGUGAACACAGACAUAACAAAAAUACCGGAAGAUCUUGCGAAAAUCUACCCAGAUGUUUACGGCGGACUUUGGCGGCCGAAAGACUGUCAUCCUAUCCACAAGACAGCCAUUAUUAUUCCAUAUAGGAAUCGGACGACGAAUCUCAAGAUAUUUCUCAAUCACAUGCACAGAUUUUUACAAGCACAGCUCCUCGAUUAUGGCGUGUUUGUUAUCGAUCAGGCCGACACCAAGAGGUUCAACCGGGCAAAGUUACUCAAUGUCGGAUACGUGGAGGCACAGAAGUUUCACAGUUACGAUUGCUUCAUCCUUCAUGACGUCGAUAAAGUACCAGAAGAUACGAGGAAUAUUUAUACCUGUGCCAACAAACCUAAACAUCUGAUUAGUCAGCGUCACACGCAGAAGGAAGAGAAAUAUAAACCCGGCAUGCUGUACCAUUGGUACUUCGGAGGUGCGGCCUCUGUCAGUUUUAACAAUUACCGUCAAAUCAACGGUAUGUCUAAUGUCUAUUGGGGUUGGGGUCGUGAAGAUGACGACUUUGCCGCGAGAGUACGUGUUCGUGGUCUCGGCGGCAUUUUCCCGCGCGGCGACGAGGGUCGCUAUCUCAUUAUUGAUCACCACGACGACAGAAUUGUAAAUUCUAUGAAGUGGCCAUACGUCAAUGUUGUCAAGCAGACGAUGAUAACAGACGGCCUCAAUUCCCUCAACUACACAAUAAAAAAAGUGGCGGUGGAACCACUCUAUACCAUGAUUUCAGUUAUACUGUGAUACGGAUAGACUUAUCUCGAGGACAUGAAUUUUUUGUUCAAUUGUGUGGACAAUUUGAGGCCCAAUCUGGCAAAAGUAGUCACUUGGAGUCAAUUUUGAUGAAAAACGUUCUCACUUUUCUCCUUAUUCUCCAAUGUAUUGUAUGCAAGUGCCUACUUUACCAGAGCUGGCUACAUUUAGGGAAUUUGUGCCCAUUGCCUUGCAGUUAUUGUAACAGGGUACUCAUGGGUCAAGUUUGCUACAAGAUCUGAAGUAUAAAUUUUUGGGGAGGGGGUCCAAAUUCUUGGGGCAGUCCAAUACAUUACUAAGCUCAGACUGGAGACGGUCCCCAUUCAAACCAAACGACACACCAGACUCUGGAAUCGCAAAGUCCUGUUUACAAGUUGGUAUUAGACUUAUUCUAGAUAUUGAGUUGCGAGCUGAGCGUCAACUUGGACAUUAUUACGAUUUUGCUUGUGCAGAGCUUUUUUAAAUCACGCUGACUGUAUUUGCAUUUGUUAAGUGAAUUGGAGGGGUGACAGCUUAUUAUGUAAUCACCUGUCAGCUGAUUAACUUGAUUAACGGCAAAUGCAACAAGCGCGAUAGGUUAUGCUUUAAUGAUAUCGUCUAUAAAUAAAACACUUUGGGCCAAAUUCAUAAAGGGUGUUUAGCUUAAAACAGCGUUUAACUACUGAAUAGACAGAUUCUGGCCCUUCAUGUGAAUCUUCACAGAAUAUGAAUAGGCCCUGAAACUGAUUAGAGAGAAGUUGUACAUGUCUAACCCUUAAACGCCCUUUAUGAAUUUGGGUCUUCAAAAGUCAACUUUGGGAUGUGAACUGGGUUAAUUUUUUUCAACCGGUUGUGACAUUCCGAUCUAUUGCCAUUCCAGUGUUCUUUUUGGAAGUAUUAAUGAUGAGGCUUGUAGUCAGUUUAAAGUUUUUGCGUCCGUGACGGAAGAUUGAUGCUUCCACUGUAAUUUAUUAGAAUUAGAUUGAAACAGAAGCAUUUAAGUUUGACAGUAUUUGGCAGAAUUUUUGUUAGCAUUGCUUAAAAAAUGUUGUCUUCUUGAAAGUUAUUUUUAGGGAUACAGGUACAGAGCUUUGAGGCUGAUUAACAACCUCUACAUGUAGCUAAAUGAACAUAUCAUUAUUUAUUUUGUCGGAAGACUCCAAGAACACAUUUUUUCCAACAUUAUUGGAAAACUUACUCUUCCCCGGGAUAGGCCAACUCGGCAAGUUGAAACGCCAGUCUGAUGCUCGGCAAGCUGGGGAGUUGAUGAGAUGUUUUUCGAGCCAUGUCAAAAAUUUUCUAUGUCUGAUUCAUUUUUGAACCAAUACUCGCUUGAGAUCAAAAUGGUUUUUUGUGGAGGAGAAAACGAUCUGAGCGCAAUCAUCAACAUAUUUGUUGUCUUGUUUUUGUAAUUAAUCAAAUGCCUGACCAUGACACUUUUCACAUUGAGGCCGAGCAUCUCCGUUCUUCUUCAGACAAGCCAUAACUUUACAACACUUGACGUAUUUCAAAGGUCUGCAAUGUUUGAUCAUUCUGUGAUAGUUUAACUUAUGUCUUGUUGGUUUUCAGUUACUUAAAAUAAAAAUUGAUGCCUCACUGUUUGUAUAGAUUUUGCUAAGGUUGUCGGGGUCCUGCAACUUAGAAUAGACAUUGAGGCCUCACUGUCGGUAUUGAUUUGACUAGAGCCGUCAUUUUCGACCAAAAAAGUUGGCCACGCCUCCACCCUCACUGUAUUUGUUGAGGCAAUCAAAACCUCCAGUUUGGUAUCUAAGUCACUUUAGAGCUGUCGCUUGUAUCUAUCAAAUGCCUGCAUGGCAUUAAUUAUCGAGUUGGAAACUAAACCGAGCCGCUUCGCUUGUGAUGUCUGGUGGAAUUCUACCAGACGUCAAAAGCAAUGUGGCUCAGUUGCUUCUUUCUGAUGUAGUCCGCCAAUACCGAUCUCGAUGGCCUAGUGGGUUAAGGCGUCAGUCUUGUGAAUGGAACGUCGAAGGUUCGAGGCCCGCUAGUAACCUCUUUCCGAUGCAGCUGAUUGCUUAGCUGCCAGCUAGUUAGAUAUAGGGUACAAACUGCCUUCUCGGCAGGCGCCUGGCAUUAGAGAUAGGAGUUUGGAAGUAAAGUGCGUCUCAUAAGGCAGAGCUGGCUGUCCCCUUCAUGAGGUUGACACUUAAUAAACAAUACUUUUAGUCAUGCAAGUCAUCUUAGGCGUCAUGCACUUCCUGUCUCAGUGCAGUAGGUUAGAUGUGUCUUUCAGAAGAUAGUUGCAUUUAUGUUAGAAUCUUGACUUAGUUAGAAUCGUCAGGUUAUAUAUCACAGUAGAUGUAAUUUAGGCUUGGUAGUGCCUUCAAGUUUGUUUAUUUUUUCUGUGUUUUAUUUGUAAAUUUGUAUCAAAAUCUUAAAUGUUUUACUUGAAGUGUAAGUUAUAGUUAGUGGUAAACUAAGAAUGAUGAAAUCAAGUUUGCAUGCAUGUCCCAUUACACCAAAUGUAUUGUAAGUCAACUUUGGGGCAGAUGAAGUAAAAAGUGUAUCAAUGGCAUUGGGGGGAGGAACGCAGGAAACUUUUGACAAAAGAAACAUCUGAAUCCUCUUCUAACUUAUGCCACUCGAUUGUCCUUGCCUGACCUGUGAAAAUUCUCAUGUAUUUUGUUUCGAAAACCCUGUAUGACAUAUCAGCCCCCCCCCCCCCCCACACGUGAUUGCAUUGUUGACAUGUACAAGAUCAGGAGAGCUCUGGUACAUGUUCGGGUGUUGCAUUCAUGACCAGGCAAAGAAUGAUGAUUAUUUUAAAUCUGUUUAUGUUUUCUGUGGUGUUAUGGAUGAAUUUGCAUAAAAGUCUAUUAAAAAA